AAUUUAAAUAAUGAAGGAAAAUGAAACUUUUUUAUUCCAAGAUCCGUGUGUUGAUAGUAAAUCUAUUUUAAACAAUGUUGAUCUGCAUUUGUAUAAAUUGUCUACUCACGGUUUUUCUAAUAUAUCGUCCCGGAUACAGUUAAAUCGUGUUUGGGAAUCCAAUAAAACACUUCUAAAUGAGAAGUCUGAUGAAAUUUUAAAACAUAUUCACAUUUCGACAUCAAAAGACAAUAGUAGAUUUUGGAAAAGUAAUCUAAGUAAAAGCUUAGCUCCCGUAGCGCUGUUUGAAAAAUCUCUACCAGAAUGUACCCAUUGCUCAAAAGUUUCACAAGAAAGUUUGGGCUUAGAUCAAGUUUUGACUGAUAAAUGUGCUUGCAAUUUAAAUAUCAUUGCUCCGAGUUACCAAAAUCAAAAUAAUAUACUUGUAAAUAAAAAGCCUCCUAGCUACCUUGAAAAUUUGAACUCUGCAGAUAGUGAUGGUGAAAAUAAAGCCACUGAAGAGAGACAGAUUUUCAAACCAAAAUUUGGACGUCCUAAGCUGACAAGGGUAAACCAAUAUUCUGCUUCUAAAUAUACUCCCAUAAGUCAGAAUGUAGAUUUUGAAAAAGAAGAAGAAGAAAUGAAAGCUCACAAAAGUAAUGUUGCCAAAAUUACAUUUAAAACUGCCAAGGAACAAUUCCUUGCAUCUAAUCCAGCAGCUAAAAGAACUUUGGGCACUUCUAAAAAGGCACAAGCAAAAUUUGUUUCACCGAUGAUUAGUGCUCAAGAAAAACAAGAACACUGUGACCCUGUAGCAGUUGAUGACAGGCUCAAACACUUAGACCCCAAAAUGAUUGAAUUGAUUGAAAGUGAAAUCAUAGAUAAAGGAACACAAAUAGGCUGGGAUGAUAUAGCUGGUUUACAUAUGGCCAAGACAGUAAUUCAAGAAGCAGUUGUGUGGCCACUGCUCAGACCUGAUAUAUUUACUGGAUUAAGAAGACCACCCAAAGGCAUUUUACUAUUUGGACCACCAGGAACUGGAAAAACAUUGAUUGGUAAGUGCAUAGCGGCGCAAUGCCACGCUACUUUCUUCAGUAUCUCAGCGUCAUCGUUGACGUCUAAAUGGAUCGGAGAUGGAGAGAAAAUGGUCCGCGCACUGUUCGCGGUCGCGCGGUGUCGCCAACCAGCUGUGGUAUUUAUAGAUGAAAUAGAUUCUUUGCUCACACAGAGGAACGAUACUGAACAUGAAGCCACUAGAAGAAUUAAAACUGAGUUUUUGGUGCAGUUUGAUGGAGCGGGUACAGGGGAAGAGGAUCGACUGUUGAUAGUAGGUGCGACCAACCGUCCCCAGGAGUUAGAUGAGGCGGCGAGAAGGCGUCUCGUCAAACGACUUUACAUACCCCUGCCCGAUACUGAGGCUCGUAAACAGAUAAUAUCGAACCUAUUGAAGACGGAGAGACAUUCGUUAAUCCCCGCGCACAUAGAGGAGUUGUCAGUGUUGAGUGAGGGGUACUCGGGCGCGGACAUGCGCGCGCUCUGCUCGGAGGCAGCCAUGGGGCCCGUGCGCGCCGUGCCGCUCUCACAGAUAGUGUCCAUCGACAGUGGACAGGUGCGACCAGUGAAUGUUGAAGACUUUAAAAACGCACUGCAAAGAGUAAAACCUAGUGUAUCACAGGAUGAUUUAGGACAAUACAUUAAGUGGAAUAAUACUUAUGGACAAGGGUUUUAAUAAAUUGUCUACAAAUCAA